AUGGAGGCUGAACGCUCCCUUUGGCUGUGGAUGAGGGCCUCUGGCGGUCGCUCGUACUCGCUGGUUCUGGAGGCCUGGGAUGCUGUCAAUGCCAGUGAUGUCACCAGCCCAGGCUCAGGGCAGCUGAUUGAGCGGUUGACCCGUUCGGGCAUGGUGAACCCAGGCGAAGGCUGGCAGCAUUUAGGGCAUCACGGGCGCAGCGCCCUGCUGGAGUGCCGGCUGCGAGUGCGCUGCCAUGAGCACUACUACGGGCCCUCGUGCAACCUGCUCUGCAGGCCCCGUGACGACUUCUUCGGGCACCACAGCUGCGACGCGGCCGGGAACAAGGUCUGUCUCGACGGCUGGACAGGGAACAAGUGCCAACGGGGUGUUUGUCGCCAGGGGUGCCACAAAACGCACGGGUUUUGCGAGGAGCCUGGCGAGUGCAGGUGCCAUUACGGCUGGACAGGCCCCCAUUGUGACCAAUGCCUCCUCUUCCCUGGUUGCGUCCAUGGGAGCUGCACCGUGCCUUGGAAGUGCGACUGCGAGACCAACUGGGGUGGCCUUCUGUGUGACAAGGAUCUGAAUUAUUGUGGAUCACACCGCCCGUGCCAGAACGGCGGCACCUGUGCCAACAAGGAACCGGAUGAAUAUGAGUGCCUCUGCCCGGAAGGAUUUGGCGGGCGCAACUGCGAGGAUGGAAUGAAUUUGUGCCAAAAGAGAUGCCAAAACGGAGGCAUGUGCCAGAUGGAGGCUGAUAGGCAGAGCUGCUCGUGCCAACCAGGGUACACGGGUGCCGAGUGCGAGACCGAACAGAGGUCCUGCAGAGAUGCCCCCUGCCUGCAUGGUGGGCAGUGCCAGCAGGCGGAAAACCAGACCUCCUUCUGCAGGUGCCCUCUGGGCUUUAGCGGCAGGUGGUGUGAGGUCUCUGCCAAUCCCUGCUUUCCGAAUCCUUGCCCCAAAGGCGCCAUCUGCCAAGAUGGAGGAGGAAGCUACACCUGCCUGUGCCCUGAAGGUGCCACCUGUCAGGCCCUGCAAGACCCCUGCUUGGGUGAGGGGUGCAAAGGAGAGACCAACGUUGGCCUCCUGUCUGCCGUCCUUCUACCAGUUCUCCUCCUCACCGGAGGAGUCCCCGUGUUGGUGUUACUGCUCCUGCUUUGCCUUCAACACCGCUUUCUGCCGAAAGUCCCCGGUCAAACGGAGCCUCCCGCCAACAACAGCCUGCGGCCGGAUGCCGUCCAUCUCAUCCGCAACUUCAACCCCGGGGAGGCCGAGCGAGGGCCCAGUGCGGCUGACGGCAUGGCCAAGAUGGCGGGGCUGCCCACUGGGGGGCCUCCUUCUCCGGGGCUCUCCAAGGUGGACAUCUCCAACCAGGAGAGAGCCAGACUCAACCAGUUGAACGUCGGCCUGGUUUUAGCGAAGCCGCCUCUCUGACAAGAAGGAGAUGGCGGAGGAGUGUUGGACACUGUUCUGUCUUAGGCCUCACCCAAAAAGCACUCGGUCAAUUCUGAGUCCCGCCCAAAAAACCUCUUCAUUUACAAGAAU